AUGACGCGGGUAUUCCCAGAUGGCAACUACGAAAGCUGGACACAAUGUCGAUCGCUUCUUCCACACGUCAAAAUAGUGCUGGCAUCUAGAAAUGACACGGAUGGUGACGAUCGACUAAAUGCUGCCACCCUCUCAUCUAAUUGUGGAUUGUUCCUAGAUCUUCAGGGUGCAUAUGAAGAGGCAGGAUCGAUGCAUGGAUGGGCGUUGAAAGCACGAGAGAAGGUGCUUGGAUGCGAGCAUCCUCACACGCUCAUCAGUGUCAUUCACCUUGGCAAUGUGCUUGACAGCCAGGGGAGAUAUGAGGAGGCGGAAGCGAUGCAUCGACGAGCACUAGAAGGAUUUGAAAAGGUGCUUGGACAAGAGCAUCCAUACACGCUCAGUAGUGUUGGUAACCUUGGUAAUGUGCUUGACAGCCAAGGGAAAUAUGAAGAGGCAGAAUUGCUGCAUCGACGAGCACUAGAAGGAGUUGAAGAGGUGUUUGGACGCGAGCAUCGUAACACGCUCACCAGUGUUAGUAACCUUGGCAAUGUGCUCUCCAGGCAAGGGAAAUAUGAGGAGGCGGAAUCGAUGCAUCGACGCGCCCUGGAAGGCAGUGAGAAGAUGCUUGGACGCGAGCAUCCUGACACGCUCACUAGUGUCAGUAGCCUUGGAAAAGUGCUCUCUCAACAAGGGAGAUAUGAAGAGGCGGAAGCGAUACAUCGACGAGCACUAGAAGGACUUGAAGAGGUGCUUGGACAAGAACAUCCACACACGCUCAAUAGUGUUGGUCACCUUGGUUUAGUGCUUGACAACCAAGGGAAAUAUGAAGAGGCAGAAGCGAUGCAUCGACGAGACCUAGAAGGGAGUGAGAAGGUGCUUGGACGCGAGCAUCCUAACACGCUCACCAGUGCUAAUAACCUCGGCCUAGUGCUCUUCAAGCAAGGGAAAUAUGAAGAGGAGGAAGCGAUGCAUCGACGGGCGUUGGAAGUACGAGAGAAAGUGCUUGGACGCGAGCAUCCCGACACGCUCACCAGUGUCAGUAAUCUUGGCCUAGUGCUUGACAGGCACCGGAAACAUGAAGAGGCAGAAGCGAUGCAGCGACGGGCGUUGGAAGCACGAGAGAGGGUGCUCGGAUACGAGCAUCCUGAAACACUCAUCACUGUCAGUAACCUUGCUUUGCUCUUGACAACCAACGAAAAAAUUGACAGGCAGAAACGAUGCAUCGACGGGCGCUUGAAGGAUACGAGGUGCUUGGAGACGAGCAUCCUCACACGCUCACCAGGGUCAACGGCUUUGGCUCAGUGCUUGACAGGCAAGGGAAACCUGCACAGGCACGGGCGCUAG